CGGGAUGAAGUCUUCUGCAACUGGAAAAAUAAAAAAGUUGGAAAUUAAAAUGCCUGAUUUGACCCCUCCACCAAGUAUGGCCGACAAUUUGGACGACAAAUUUGUUAUGAAAACCGAUAAUGGAUCUGAAGUUGUCGUUUCUGCCAAUGAACUCGAAAAGAUUAUUGAAUUAGGCAGAGGUGCUUAUGGUGUGGUAGAGGAAAUGAGGCAUCGGCCAACUGAUCUUAUUUUUGCUGUCAAGAGAAUUCAUUCCUCAAUAAAUGAUGAAAGCCAGAAGAGAAUGUUUGUUGAGUUGGAUGCGUGUAUGAAAAGUGGAUGUUGUAAACAGAUGGUUCGUUUUUUUGGUGCAAUGUAUAGAGAAGGAGAUGUUUGGAUUUGUAUGGAAGUUAUGGAUAUCUCCUUGGAUAAAUUUUACCGUCUUUGUGUUGAUAUGGGUCGAAAAUUGCCAGAGCCUUUUCUUGCAAGAGUUGCUUAUUCGGUUGUCGUUGGGUUAAAUUUUAUGAAGGAACAAAUGAAUCUAAUUCAUAGAGAUGUAAAACCUUCAAAUAUUUUAUUACAAAGGAAUGGAGAAGUUAAAAUAUGUGAUUUUGGUAUUUCUGGGCAUUUAACCAAUUCUGUUGCAAAAACAAUUAAUGCUGGUUGUAAACCAUAUAUGCCUCCAGAACGGAUUGAAGGAGAAUCGAAGGAAGCAUAUGGAGUACAGGCUGAUGUUUGGAGUUUGGGAAUAACUUUGGUUGAAAUUGCAAGUGGUCAACAUCCUUAUGGAAAAUGGAAAACACCAUUUGAACAACUUAAACAAGUUAUUCAAGAACAAGCACCUUCAGUUGAUCGGUCACUUGGUUAUUCUGAUGAUUUUCACGAUUUUGUUGCAAUUUGUUUAACAAAAGACUUUCAACAAAGGCCAAAACACAAGGAAUUAUUGGGGCAUCCUUUUUUGAAAAAUGUAAAUAAUGAUGAUUUUGAUGCUGCUGAAUUUAUAAGUUCAAUACUUGAUGUCUCACAAAUGAAGAGACAACAAAUUUUGACAGCUUUAAGUAUUGAUCAAACAUGA